CACAGAGUGAUCGUCAGUAGGCGGACGGAUUUGGUGUUCUCAAUAGUUUAUUAUAUAACCCUUUCACGGGAUAUUUAGCCAUUUUGCAACUACAGAUGAAUAUGUGAUCAUUGUUUUCAAUCAUGAGGACCUUGCUGUUGAUUAUAUUCUCUAAAUUACUUACUGCUCAGCCGUCACCCAUAAUUAGUGUUACAUGUGAGGAAUCAGAAGAUGUGAUUCCACCGGAAUGGAUAGAGAUUCCUCAGGCAUGUCCUUCUCUUCUACUCGCACUCAAAGUUGCUGUUCUGCCUGAAGACUUUGGGGCUAUUCGGCUGAACAUAAGUUGGGCCAUCAACAUCGACAAAAGCAUUUACUAUCUCACAGGAACUUGGAUCGAUAUAGGUGGUGAUACAUACCGCUGUCGGUAUGAACCACCUUUCGAAAAAGUUGACCUCAGGGGUCUCGAACAGCUGUGGUUCUAUUACCUUGCACCUGCAGAACCAGGGUUCCAUAUGAUCAUCACUGCUUACAAUCUUCCGAUUCCGGCAGAGGGCGAAUUUUCCAAGUUUACGACAUGUAAUGUACCGUAUGCGACAUCAAAUGACGACACAGCUGAGUUGGCUUGGCCUACUUCAAACCCCACUGUGAUGCCCAUAUCUGUUACCACCCGUAAUGAUGAUGAGGGGAAACCAGCAAGCCUUCUAAUAGUCUAUAUUGGAUGCUUAGCUGGGCUCGUGGCACUGGUGGCUUGCUCUCUCACUCUGUAUCAAAUGUAUGAAAGGCACUCAAAUUCCCCCUUCACUGAGCUGCCGAAGGCAACUGAGGUCACUAUGUCGGUGCUGGUGGUGUACCCUGCAGAAAACCCUGUCUUUCAGAGAGCUGUGCUAGCUUUUGCUGAGUUCCUCCAGUGGCAUGGUGACUGCCAGGUAGCUAUCGACAUGUGGCAGCGUGGCAGGCUGGCAGAGCAGGGCCCGAUGCGCUGGCUAGCAGAUCAAGCCAAAUCCGUAGCCAGGGUGAUGGUUGUAAGCCCGCAGCCCAACCACUGCCACACUGGCCCAGGGGAACACACAGUACCAGCCGCGGCUCAUGACCUGUUUCCUCUGGUGCUCAACAUGGUGGCAAGCUACGCUCAGUGCCCCAAUGAGCUGGCCAAGUUCUGGUUGGUGCACCUAGGCAAGGCCCCGGAGAGGAGUGGCCUACCCGUGGAAUUGACAUCCUGUAGGGAAUUUAGUCUGAACAGGGACUUGGAGAAACUGUGUAGACACUUGCAUCAGCAGGGCUCCAAAAGACCAGGGUUAAUGUUCAGAUCAGGGUUGGCCUAUGGGGAGAAGGCGACAGGGAAGCUGAAAGAGGCUGUGCAGCAGUUAGAGGCAUGGCAAUGCUCUCAGCCAGGAGGUGCAGGGGAGGCAGCUCCUUUGACCAAAUUGAUGGCUAGACUGUAAGAACCUGAUGAUGCUGGUGUGAUGACAAAUCCAGAGCUUAAAUAGUAAUAUGAAAAUAAUCUAAGUAAAAACUCUCUUUUGACCACUUGUAGAACAGUGGGACUGCAAAAAUGAGGGCAUGCUAACUUUUCUCACUUAGCUUUAAGAUUGCUUUUUAAAUAGUUGAAUGUGUUAUUUUUCAUCAAAUGUUUCUGUUUUGGAAAUUAAACAAAUAUUCUAUGGUGUUGACAUUUUUUAUAUACUUAUUGAAUGUUUUGUUUAUGUAAAUAAAUACUUGAAUCUAA